AUGGUCAAGCUUGCGCGCGCCCUCGACUUCCCUCGAUCUGAAGUCUACUACGAUGUCAUGGAGAAGAUAAAUUUCAAGAUCACGUACACCCUCCGUGCGAAGAGGGUGGAGAGGUGGAUCCGCGCCGUCAAGAGGGAUUUCCUCGACGCCGCGGAAAUCAAGGUCGUGGGCUUGGACUGCGAGUUCACCGACCCUCGCAAGGGUAACCAACGCGCCGCCAUCCUGCAACUCUCCGUCGCGCAACAUACUCCGGCCUACAAAAUUAUAAUUCCAUCUGCGAUCAACCUCCAGCAGAUCCUCCAGAACCCCUUCCCAAAAAAGAAUACUCCGAGUUUAUAUGAUUUGGCAAAUCAUUAUAUUGGGACGGGUCUCGAGCAGAAGAAAAAGUUUAAUUAUAAGAAGAACAAGCCACCGAACACCCCCAAAGAAUUAGAAGAAAAGGCACUGAUUUUUGGAUGGAGCGAUUUUCCCUUGAGCCAUAAGCAUAAACAACUGCAGUAUGCCGCUCUCGACGCUCGCCUCGGCUUCGAGCUGAGUCGGGGGCAUUUCCGGGCACUUGGCUACAAUAGCCAGCUGGAUCGCCUCGGACUUAAUAUUUAUGAGUAG